AUGUCGGCGUCCGCCCUCCUCAGGAGCCGUGUCCGACGGCCCUCGUACCUCAACAAGAUCGCCAAGGCUGAGGACUUGAUUGACCUCUUCCCCAAUGGCUCUUACAUCGGCUGGUCCGGUUUCACUGGUGUCGGAUACCCCAAGAAGGUCCCCACGGCGCUCGCCGAUCACGUUGAGAAGAAUGGCCUCGAGGGCAAGCUCAAGUACACACUCUUUGUCGGUGCUUCGUCGGGUGCGGAGACGGAGAACCGCUGGGCUCGGCUGAACAUGAUCAACCGCCGGAGUCCUCACCAGGUCGGCAAGGAGAUUGCCAAGGGUAUCAACAAUGGUCAGAUCAACUUCUUCGACAAGCAUCUCAGCAUGUUCCCGGCCGAUCUUACCUACGGCUGGUACACGCUGAACAAGCCCAAGAACCGCAUCGACGUUGCGGUCAUCGAAGCUUCCGCUAUCACUGAAGACGGCGGCAUCAUUCCCGGUGCCUCCGUCGGUGCCUCUCCCGAAAUCGUGCAGAUGGCAGACAAGAUCAUCAUCGAAGUCAACACUGCCAGCCCUUCAUUCGAGGGUCUGCACGACAUUACCAUGUCUGAGCUCCCUCCCAACCGCAAGCCCUACCUCAUUCUACAGCCCGAGGACCGCAUCGGAACUCCACACAUCCCGGUCGACCCCGAGAAGGUCGUCGCUAUUGUCGAGUCCGACUACCCCGAUCAGACGCAGCCCAAUUCCCCUGAAGACGCUGCCUCGCAGGCCAUUGCCUCUAAUCUCAUCGAAUUCCUCAAGCACGAAGUCAACCACGGCCGUCUCCCCAAGAACCUCCUCCCCAUUCAGUCCGGCAUCGGUAACAUUGCCAACGCCGUCAUCGGUGGCCUCAGCAAGGGCGGCGCUGACUUCACAAACCUCAAGGUGUGGACCGAGGUGCUACAAGACUCCUUCCUCGACCUCUUCGACAGCGGCAACCUCGAUUUCGCUACCGCCACAUCCAUCCGCUUCUCUCCCGACGGCUUCAAGCGCUUCUACGACAACUGGGAGCGCUACGCGGGCAAGCUCCUCCUGCGCUCGCAGCAGGUCUCCAACUCCCCCGAAAUCAUCCGCCGCCUGGGCUGCAUCGGCAUGAACACCCCUGUUGAAGUCGACAUCUACGCGCACGCCAACAGCACCUGCGUCAUGGGCUCGCGCAUGCUCAACGGCCUCGGCGGCUCUGCCGAUUUCCUGCGCUCCUCCAAGUACAGUAUCAUGCACACGCCUUCCGUGCGUCCCUCCAAGACCGACCCCACCGGUGUCUCCUGCAUCGUUCCCUUCGCCACGCACAUUGACCAGACCGAGCACGAUCUCGAUGUUAUUGUUACCGAGCAGGGUCUUGCCGAUGUCCGUGGACUGAGUCCCCGUGAGCGUGCCCGUGUCAUCAUCAAGAAGUGCUCUCACCCCGACUACACGCCUAUCCUGACGGACUACCUCGACCGAGCGGAGUUUGAGUGCUUGAAGAAGGGUAUGGGCCACGAGCCUCAUCUGCUCUUCAAUGCCUUCAAGAUGCACAAGAACCUCCAGGAGAAGGGGACGAUGAAGAUCGACAGCUGGGAGUGA